UCAGGUCAUCUGUCUAUCUAUCCAUCCCCAGAGAGAGAAGAGAGAGUGAAUAUCGCCUUCUCAAACUUUGGAAAAGUUGGAGAGUCUGAGAGCUGACUGCAACUGCGCGUAUGCAAUAUAACUUAUCUUAUACGAGCUUUGAAAACGCUUGCUGAGAGCGACAGACACAUAAAAGGAUUUCUACAGUCCGUUACCUGAAUAUCGGACAGAAUUUACCGUCUGAGGAACCGCGAACCACCUGUGAGGAGAGUCGAGUCUGCGCCGCGGACCAAACCCCAUCCUGAGCAUCACCAUGAGAUUCUUCCACCCGCUUUAUCUGUUGCUGCUGCUGCUGCUGACAGUGCUGAUCCUCACCAGCGCUGAUAAACAUGGUACAAAACAUGAUUUCCUCAACUUGAGGCGGAAAUAUCGCAGACAUAACUGUCCAAAGAAACGCUGUCUACCUCUUCACUCCAGAGUACCUUUCCCUUGAGGUUUUAUGAUGCUCCGGGCAAGCAUUGCGAAAAACCAAAGACCAGCCUUGGAUGGGAAAUGAGAGGAGAUUUAUGUCAGACGUGCUGGGGACUGUUUUAUUCGCACAUAUAUUGUAAUCAAAGCCAUGUUAGUCACUUCUGUAACAGAAGUGUUUUUUUGUUUUGUUUUUUUAAAUGAAUGUAAGUGAAUGAGCCAGGGAGAUCUUACUGCUGCCAAACAUGCUGCAAACUCAUCGCUCAAUCAGGUUGAGUUGGAGCAGAAUCAUUGUAAAUAGUGAGGACUGAAUGAAAUGUGUUUAUAUGUAAGUUAUGCACUU